ACUUAUCAGUAGCGAUAUUUACUGGCCCGGAUCUUGCUCGUGCUGCUUAUAUCCGUUGCCUUCCAAGGGCAGCUGAGUGAUCCGACUCUGUCCAGGUAGACAGUGCGGGUCCCCGGCCGCGGACAGAGCCAGUGAACAUGAUGGAGCGAGUCAUGUUCGGUGGCGUACAUAUAUGGACACUGUAACUGGCCCGGACCCUGCUAUCUUACCUCCAGACUUCCUUCAUCCCCCGCUCGACGGUGUCUCGCCCCCUCACCUAGGCCACGUUGUGCAACGGUUCGAAGCUGGGCUUCGUUGACAUUGAGUUCCGAUCACCGAUCAACGACACCUACAAUGACGAUCCCGUCGUGCGUCGCUUCCAGCACCAGGGUCGAAGAUGUUCAUUCACCGGCAUUCUUCGUUCAUUACAGGGAUGCCUCCGCUGCGGUCGAGAAGAUGGCCAUUUACCGGGAGUCGGCUAGGAUGCUGCUGUCUCUUGCGUCGCGGCACCCGACCCUCCUCCCAGCCACACGCGAGUGGGUCAACUCUCUUCAUGCCUACCUGGACGGUCUUGGAUCUUGGAGUGUUAUCCCAACCCUUGUUCGGUGGAUGGAGAUCGAGGCGGGGCUCGUAACGAUGUACCGGGCGUGCCCCUUCCUAACCGUCUUUGAGCGCGAUCCCGAAUGGCGUCCCGACAUGAUCGAGACUGUGAAUGCGAUCAUGGAGGUUGUGUCCACCAAAACCUCCGUCAAGGCGCUGCUCGAUCUUCCACGUCAAGAUGCCUUCGCCAUCAUUAAUCUACUCUACGAGGUGCUGGACAACCAAAUACGGUUGUCGAUCGCCCCGCGCCUGGCCAACCGCUAUGAGUGGCUACCCCGUAAAUGCAUUGUCCCCGCUGGAUGUCUUGUCAUCGUAGGUGACACCGCCGUUGAUUGCGGUGGCUACUCCGAUGUCUGGCAUGCUACAUACCACACAGAAGGUCGUUCUUCUACUGUCGCGCUGAAAGUGUUCCGCGUCUACGCGAAAGACAAACUGCAACGCGUGCGUAAGAAGUUCUGCCAGGAAGCUAUCCUUUGGCUCAGACUGCGUCACAAGAAUAUCGUCCCCUUGCUGGGCGCAGACAUGACGCUCUUCCCUGUCUGCCUCGUCAGUGUCUGGAUGAAGUACGGCAACAUAUCUGGCUACCUACGCCAAUAUCCUAACGAGGACCGCUUGCGACUCCUCAUCGACGUAGCUGAAGGCCUCGCGUACCUGCACUCAGAAAGCAUGGUCCACGGCGAUCUCAAAUGCGCUAACAUUCUUAUCAACGAUGAGCGCCAGGCCUGCAUUGGCGACUUUGGUCUCUCCGCGGUCAUCCAUGACCCCGAAACCAUCAUGUCUAUCACUCCUAGCCCCAACGCCGUCGGAACCCUCCGCUGGACUGCCCCCGAGAUCCUCGACCCGGAAAGCUUCGGCCUCGAACACGCCGUCGCGUCCCCGGAGACCGAUGUUUACUCCUUCGGCAUGGUCACGUGGGAGACAUUCUCGGGCCAUACGCCGUACGAAGAGUACCGCUUCGAUGCACCGCACAAGCGGCCCCCGCACGCAGCAGCUCUUGGGCUCUCGGAUCUCGUCUGGGACCUCAUCCAACCCGAUACUAUCCUCCACGAGCUCAAGGCCGCCCGUCGGCUGUCGCAGCUCAGCGCUGCACGGCAGACCGUUGAACACAUGGAAGAGCCAUCGCUUGGAGGCACCUCCCUUUUGUCUCGGUUGCGCAACGCUAACAACGGGGCCUUCCCGCGUCCUCCUCGCAAGCCCAGCUCGCUCUCUAGUCAGCGCACCCUCACCCCGUUAAGCGUCGUGCCCAGCAAGGGAGGGCUGUCUUCUGCUACAACUGCGCAGGAGUCGGCUUCUGCCGUCUUCACGAGCAUACCCUUGACUGCUCAGGUCGGACUGUCUUAUGUACCCAGCCGAUCUCGCUUGCGGGCAGAAGCUUCAGAGCACACGCUGGUGGGCGUGACUGUUGGCUCUGCGGAUACAGUGAAGGCAGGCGACCGCCAGCUCACACCGCUGCUCACCGACGUUACCGCCCCGAUUCCAUUUGUGAGGUCCCCCGUGAGCAUUCCUGCACCGCCCAUUGCCUUCCAGACGGCACCGAGCAAUUGCCCGACACCUCAGCUGACAUGGGGCGGCACCCCGCUACCCGUGCACGACAGCCAUAUCGAUGCCCGCCGCGGCUUCUCUGCGCCAGAAGCCAAUGCGGGCCAGCACUACCCGAGAUCCGCGCAUGACCCGGGCCCGUCCAAGGACGCCAUCCGUGCGCUCGAGAUACAGCGCGAGCUAUCGGGCAACCGGAACAACAGCUGGGUCCACGACUGGGGGUAUGUGGGUGGCGGCUGGUAGCUCUUCGCGUUCAGCCUUGUGAGCUAGCCAUGCUCGUACACCAGCAGCCGUCUCUCCCGUCUCUCACUGCUGUGCAAAGUCAAGCACACCGUGCCGAUCCUACGAUGUGACGGUCAUACAGCCCGCUCCAGGUCUGCCUUUUCCACAUCGCGUCCCUACUGCUUGGCUUUUCAGUGUCCAGUCGCGCCCGAGAAAGGACGCGUAACCUCCUUCCGACUUGCCCGACUCACGUUCCGCGUCACAGUGGCCUACACCAUCGCGCUCCGAUCUCUGCGGCCAAUGCCUGAAUUACCGGACCGAUUUAUAUAUUGCAUCCCAUGGCCGAGUCUGCGACCGGGUCCAAUUUUCGUCGCAGUAUGUCUAGGCAAGCCGACGGCCU